AUGGCGCUGCUUGCCAAGGCAUCAUCCCUAGCUUGCCUGCUUGUUCUGGCCUUUCUGGCUCUUGCCUCGAUUGGCCACUCGCACCCCAUCGGGGAAAUCUCCAGAUCUGGGAUGUUGCAUGGGCGCAAUCCGGAUCCGAGAAUGAUACCAGGUUCCAAUGACUUGGUUGGUAAUAUCUUCAAAAGUCUUGGAUUGGAUAACUUCGAGAAACUCAACCAUUGGAAGCAAAACCAAGCCACGCCUGAGAGUAGCAGCACGGCGCCUACCAAAACACAGGAUAGUAGCACCUCCAGUGGCGACCACACCACAAAGCAAACGACUCCGAGUGGACUAGCGGACCCUACGAGCGACCCCUCCGGUUUUGUGUCGGGGUUAUUGCAGUUGCUAAGGGAUAGGUUCAAGCAAGCGUUGCAUAGCAGUGAUGAGCACACCUUGAACUAG